CACUCAUGCAAUUACAGCUUGGCUUUGGGCGACUUGCUAUCAUCGUGUGGGUGCUGUAUAUAGCAGACUAAUAGUAGGCUAGCGCAUUCACGAGGGAUUCUUCAUUGUGGUGUGCGCUCCACCACUCAUCCAGCGCAUCUCGUUUGCAGUUAUGUCUCUUUCUAUCUAUUCUCCAUCGCCAUGUCUGAGUUGCUUUACUUGCUGUUAGUCACGCUGCUGAUUUUGACUGAAGAUGGGUUGAGAAGGCUCGACGGUGCACUCGUUGUCACUAACCGAGAUGUUGACAACUUUGUUGUCGGAGAUGCGCAGCAACUGCCAGAGCUAAUCCAUCAUCAGUUCGUAAAGACCGACGUCACAGAAUCAGCGUCUGUCUUCCUGCUGAAGGUUCACGUGAAGGACGCAGCCAGUCGACAGGGACUCGGGGGGGCGUCUGUGAAGCUCUUCGUGAACCACAUCCUCUCCAGUGCCACCCUCACCAGCGAAGAUGGCUCCACACUGCUAAGAGUGCCCUACAACCCCCGGCAGUCCAUGGCAGUAGUGAGCAGCCUGGAGGGCUACAUCCUAACGCCACUGCCAUGGAGGGCCUCCAGACUGCCAGUAUUCUCAUCCGUGACUCUAUCGCUGGUCGCCCAAACCCGAGGGAAUAUCUGGCUGUUUGAAGACUCUGUUUUAAUAACAGGAAAAAUAUCAGAGGCAUUGCCAAAUGUGCAGUUCCCGAGGAACCUGCUUACGGUGCUGGAAUGUAACAUUUCUACUAUUACAGCAUACCUGACAGUGCCUCAACCUACUGCUGAGAAGAGCAUUUUUUAUAACACCAUGGGAGUCCUCAUCAGCAAGUCAGGGUAUAGGAGCAUUGAGCUGAAACCAGUAGCAGCUGUUAGCGUUGAGCUCAGCUGUAACAACAGAGAGCUUCAGGUCACUGGGUCCCUGCAGAUAACGCUUCCUCUGCCAGACAACACUGGUCUGAGUGUCUCAGAUCCUGUCCCUGCCUGGGCCUUUGACAGCAAGACAGGUGCCUGGGUAAACCAAGGUCUGGGCAUUGUCAAGAUGCAGGAUGGUGCGCUGGUCUGGUCAUAUGAAGCACCUCACCUGGGCUUUUGGAUCGCUGCACCCUUUCCUUCAUCCAGUGGUCAUAUGGGCAUUCCCAGUCACAUGGAGUUCCAUCAACAUGCGUUUCUGCUCAUGGCAGUCCUGAGUGGGGCCAUAUUAAUUGUAUCUGGAAUCUUAACAGUGCUGUUGUGUCAUUGGAGAUUCUCCUCCUGUGCGCCAGCAGCAAAGGCAACCAGAGGUAUACAUAUGGAUAUUUUCAAAAGAGACCAGACCACUUCCACUAACAGCAUGUAUCAGCAGGAAGUCUCUUAUAAAGACUCAGUCGGCUAUGAAGAUACAACUCAGAAAGCUGACGCCUCAAACUUGAGGUCGCAAACACACUUUACAACUAAUUCUAAAGGUAAAAAACUCAAUCACUAUGUGGACAGUAGUGAAUUACCAGGAGGCCUGCACUAUGAAAAUGUUAGAAAUAUUGCCCAGCAAGCCUUCACCACCUCCUAUCCGCCAUACUACGUCAAUGCCUGCCAGAUAGUAAACCCCGAAGGAGGAUCUGAUCAAAACAGAGUGCCUGUGGCGCUGAACGAAAAGGUGUUCUUUUCUGAGAGAAUUGUUCAAGUAUACAACCAGCCUGUGGCCUUACUCCAGGCGGCAGAGUUCCUCCUUUCUGCAGAGCAGCCGUCAAGCUCCAAGUCAGCCACCCUACACAGGCCGGGCACAGGCUAUGAAACUCAGGCAGAAGAGCUUAGCAAAGACAACUUCACUCAGACCUACCCCAAAGCCCCCCCGCUGUCAGAAACUCAGAGGCAGAGAAGUGAAGAGCAGCAGGCGUCUGAAGGAUCAAAGGGUUCCCGCUCCAGUGUAAGAGCCUGGGGACGUUUUAACACACUGCUCGAGUCGGUAUCGGUACCAGGUACCCUCAAUGAGGCUGUGGCCAUGGGUCCUCUCUGCAGCGAACACCAAGGCACAUCAGAACAGAAUCUGCAGGAACUCUACAAAAACAAACCUUCGCCCCAUCCCAGAGCUUGGUUUGUGUCUUUAGAGGGCAAGCCAGUUGGCCAAGUUCGCCACUCGGUCUUGAACCUGCAUAGAUGCCUGCACAAGGCCUCUGACAGAAACAACACCAGCCUGGACUCCGGGGUGGACAUGAAUGAGCACGUCACCGGUAAGAGGCUAGAGAGAGAGAGGCCUUUUGUCCGAAGCACAGCCCACAGCAGGACCCAGCGGCUGUGCAGCGAUGACUUGGACCCGAGCAGCAGUGAGAGCGCCACCACAGCCACCUGCACCCCGGAGGACCCUUCUCUGAGGAACAUUCUAGAUGGUGCCAGCGGAGCCGUCCCCAACAUCCCAGAGGAAAGGGAUGACGCUGACACAUCGAGCGCCCAGGAGGAUAGCGAGGCCCGGUCCACUCCGUCCCCACGCCGCCCGAGGAAGGCCACAGACAAGGGCAGAGCCGACAGGCAGAAGAGCACAUGGCAUAUGAGGGAGGAGAGGCCUCUCAUGAAGCUCAACUAGGGAACUACAUGUGAGGUGGACAGUAUAACAACAUGGCCAACAUUAAAUUCCAUAAAAGCAAUAUCUGCACAGAUUUUACCGUUAUACAGCACAACAUGCUAACAAUCUCUAAUCGUGUUUAGUUAUCCAAUAGCAAGUGCAUAGUAUGUCAGUUGCUGUUUCAACUGGUUGAGGGAAUUCACAGCCAUUAUUAGCAUUUGUUAUCACCAGUGAAAUGAAGCACUUUUAUAUGGAUAAGCUCUAUCUAAGCUGUCAUUGGUGAUAAUGGCUUCAAAGGAAGAUGUAUUAUAUACAUUUUAGGGUAAUUUUAUAUGCUGUUAUAUUAUUAUUAUUAUCCCCAUAGAACUGUGGCUCAGCAAAUGGGUCCAUGUCAAAAACCCACAUGUGUGUCAAGACAUGAAUACCAAUAUUGUACCCUGUGACUAACAGGUUUGAAAAUAGCAUGCUAUGCUUCUUGUUAGUUUCACUUGGACACAAAUAAUGGAUCCAAUCCUUUGGUGACCCUGGUUAUUAAGUUCACCCAUUACCAUUAAUAUACCGCCCCAGUACAUAGCAUGUUAUAAUCAUCUGAACUCCUUUUUUGUGAUUUGUUGAGAAUGCAUCACAGUAAUGCCUGAGCAGUUACUAUAAGUAAAUCUCUGCUAGCUGCAUCAAGAAACACCUCAGAAGCAAACUCCAGCCUUCUCCAGUCUCAAGCCAAUGAUUAACAUUUCCUUGAGGUUUUAGUGUUUGCCUCUGUUUGUGUUCUACAUGCUAUGCUUUUGAAUAUUUAUUUCAGAAUUGUGCUGCUUUUUCCACAGUUUUCCCUCUUGGAUUGCUUGUUGUGUAACCCAAUGUUUCCCAUCUUAUAUAGCUCUCACUAAUGGCUGUGGGUUACUGGUGUUAUCAGUCACUUCCUAUUUUUGCUGCGAAUUGCUUCACCUGCUCAGCAUGCUGCUUUUUCUGGCAACUUAUCCUGAUUUAAUAUGGUUAAUACGGUUA